UGAUGGGCAGGAGGAGGGAGACAAUGUCGACGGGUUUCAGUGGAGCUUCGAGGCAUCUCAUGGCGCCGGUGGUGAUGGCGAUGAUUGCAAAUAUGUUCCUCGUCGCCGUUGAUGGGCGCGAGUUUGUAGUUGGAGGGAAGGAUGGUUGGGUAUUGUCACCCAAACAGCCCUUCAACCACUGGGCCCAUAAGCAUAGAUUCCAUAUGUCUGAUACUCUACUGUUUAAAUACAAGGAUGGCGAGGACAGUUUGUUGUUGGUGAAUUCUGCCGACUACGGUACCUGCAAUACACAGAACCCGAUCGAGACGUACACGGACGGGAACUCAAUCGUUGAACUGGAUCACUCAGGACCCUUUUUCUUCAUCAGUGGUACUCCCGGACACUGUGAGAAAGGGCAGAAGCUCGUAGUUGUGGUUCUUUCUGGAAGGAACCACCCUCUCCCACCCUCCUUUCCACCGGAACCGUCAUUUCCUCCUACCGAAGCUCCUACUGAACCAGACCCACCAACAGGGCAACCUCCUCAAGAUCAACACUACUCACCAACUGUUGCUCCCACUGGACCGAGCCAGGCACCUGCAAGUGCUCCAACUGAGGCACCAGCUGCCGCACCAACUCAGCCUCCCACUGGACCGAGCCAGGCACCUGCAAGUGCUCCAACUGAGGCACCAGCUGCCGCACCACGGUCACCAGGCCGAGCACCAGCUAGCGCUCCAACUCAGGUACCUGCUGCCGCACCACGUUCACCAGGCCGAGCACCAACUAGCGCUCCAACUCAGGCACCACCUGCCGCACCGCAGUCACCGGACCAAGCACCAGCGAGCGCUCCAACUCCGGCACCAGCUGCUGCAUUGCGGUCACCAAGCCAAGCACCAGCAAGUGCUCCAACUCAGGCACCAAGCCAAGCACCGACUCAGGCGCCGAGCUACCCACCCACUCAAGCACCGAGCCAACCACCAACGGUCGCAACACCUCGGCCUCCCACUGCGCCGUACCCACCAAGGCAUAAACCCUCUCCUUCUCCGCCUUGGCCACCUACCACACCAGAAGCACCAACCGCUGCUCCAAUCGAACCACCUGUAAGUUGUUGCAGUUCUAUACCAUCCCAACCAGGCUCACCUUCUAGCGGACCCGUCACCGAGCCAGAGCCAAGCGCAGACUCAGAGCCGCCUGCUCCAACAGCCCAUACUGCUGGUAAGAAGUCCGCCGCUUCUGCUGCAGUAACUCUUCCGUCAAACAUUGCGGUUUUGAUACCCAUUGCGGUGAUGAUGAUGAUCGGUUGGUCGGUAGUUUUCUGAACGGAAGAUAUAUAGGGAUUAUAAUAACUUGCUGAUAGAAAGGACGAUUUUGUGAUUUGGGUACAUGUUUGUUCACAAUUUAAUGGGGAAUUGGUGGAUGCUAGGUAGUCUGUUUGAGGGGAGCACCUUUAUGCUCACAGUGCAAUUCAUUCCGUGGACUAUUAAUUGUUCUCGAUCUUUCAGCUAUGAGUAAAGUUAUAUCACUAACUGUCUUCAAAUAUUUUUCAAAUUCCUUGAAGAGAUUCAGCUUUCACAUGUUUAAAAGUUGAGAGAGCAUAAAAAGUCACAAAAAUUGAAAAGGCAAACAAAAUUGAAAAAAGUAA